AUGCUAAGAAAGAUAAGAAAACACCGUCUAAUUCAAAUAAAUAGUAUUUUAGAUAAUUUUGAUAAUCUUCCUCCAACUUUACAGACAGAAAAAUAUAAAAAAUAUCUGUUAAGUACUAAAGACAGUUUACUACCACACAGUAGACAGAUUAAUAUACCUACAAAUAAAAUAGGUAUAGUUAUAGGGCCGAAGGGUAGCACUAUAAGACAUUUAGAAAAAGAAUAUAACUGUGAUAUAUUUAUUAAAGAUAACACAUGUUUAAUAGAAGGUAAUGAAGCAGAUGAAGUUGUAAAAUUUAUUGAAGAUUUAUUAAGUACUAAUAAAGUAUUUAUUGUUGAAAAGAUGACAGAUUGGGAAAAGUUUUAUGUGUGGUGGUCACACCACAAUAAGCAAAAUAUAUAA